AUGAGCCAAAGUAGUUAGCAAAGAGUAUUUAUGAAUAGAUUUGUUGUUAAAAAGAAGAUUUCAUCCGGGGCGUUUGGAGUCGUCUAUUUGGUGUUUGAUAAAUAAACAAAUCAGGAUGCAGCAUUAAAAUUGGAGAAGGAGGAUAAUGAGGAGAUGAGAUCUCUGGAAAGAGAAGUUGAAAUCUUGAAAUAAUUAAAUGAUGCUGAAGGUACUCCUAAGUUGAUUUGGUAUGGAAAUGAAAGUGAAUUCAACAUCAUGGUUAUACAAUUGUUAGGAAGAGAUUUGGCAUAUUAUUUUAGAUAGUAAAAGAAGUUCAGUUUGAAAUGUACGAUUCAAAUUGCUCAUGAUUGCGUUGUCAUCCUCAAAAAUAUCCACAAUAAGAAUGUAGUUCAUCGAGAUCUCAAACCAGAAAAUAUACUAAUGUCAAAAGAUAACGAGGGUAUUUACAUAGUUGAUUUUGGCAUUAGUAAAAUUUAUAGCAUUUAGGGAGAACAUAUGUAAUUUUUCAAUUCUAUUUGUAUUAUAGGCCAUUCAGAAAUGAUAAAACCUUUAUGGGCACACCUAGAUAUGCAUCUGUAGCUGCUCACUUGGGCCAUGAAAUCUCAAGGAAGGAUGAUUUGGAAUCUCUUUUUUAUGUAAUUUUAUAUUUUCUUCGUGGCAGUCUACCAUGGUAAAAUUUGCCGGUCUCAGAAAAUGAAAGAACAAAGGCUGUUGGAGAAAUCAAAUCAAACAUAGACCUAAAUGAAUUAUGCGUUAAUUAACCACAUGAAUUGGUCGAAAUACUUUCAUAUUUGAAAUCCUUGAAAUUCUUAGAUCAACCUAACUAUUAAUAUAUCCUAUAACUUCUUAAUUAAAUUGCAGAAAAUAACCAAUUUCUAUUAGAUGGAAUUUAUGAUUGGACUGAAGGUUUAAUAAAGUCAACCAAAAAGUUUAGCUCUUUAGAAUCUAAAAAGUCAUUUGAAUUCAAUAAAAUUAAAGAACUAUCUCCUGGAAAUCUAAUGAAAAGCUCUUCAAAACUAUCCCAAUAGAUUAUUUGGACAGUCAAUGAUCAAUUAUAGCAUCCACAAGUUGCGUAUAUUUUAAUUAAAUCUAGUCCGUCCUCUCAGCAUCACCUUUUGUUACCCCCUGAUCCAAAUAGAAAGCCUGGAUAAAGGACAGAUCUAAGACAUUUAUCUAAUUCCUCAUCUAAUUCAAAUGUUGGAACCUUUAGUUCAAUGGUUCUUAAAUAUUUGCCCUCUCAAAUUGAAAUAGAAAAACCCACAUUUUUUCCAAAUUGGAAUAAAACCGAUAAAUAAUAAGAAUCUUAAUAUUAAGAUUUGAUGGACGAAAACAAUUUUGAGAUUCCUUUGAAUUAGAAAUACGAAAGCAUAAUCUAAAAUUAAGCAUUCGAGUACAUAUACUAAUAUAUAUAUUAGUCAUUACAAUAAAUUUAAUAAAUUCCUAGAAACCUCUAAUUGA